GUGAACCCCACGAUUGAAUAGUGCCCAUAUUUUUUGAAAUCCCCUAUAAAUAAUCACAAAUAUUGUAACUUCUUAGUUCGUGUUGUACACAGAGUUUGUGGUGGUUGUCGAGUUAUUUAUCCACCCAAAAUGGGUAAGAUUAUGAAACCAGGAAAAGUGGUGCUGGUCCUCAGUGGCCGGUACGCGGGUCGCAAGGCGAUCGUGGUCAAAAACUACGACGAAGGCACCUCAGACAAGCCUUACGGACACGCUUUCGUCGCCGGCAUCGACAGGUAUCCCCGUAAAGUGCACAAGAGGAUGGGCAAAAACAAAAUCCACAAGCGAUCCAAAGUAAAGCCUUUCGUCAAGGUUGUCAACUACAAUCACUUGAUGCCCACUCGCUACUCAGUUGACUUCAGCUUCGACAAGUUUAGCGCCAAGGACCUGAAAGACCCCGCCAAGCGCAAGAAGCUCCGUUUCAACACAAGAGUGCGCUUUGAAGAGAGAUACAAGAGCGGAAAGAACAAGUGGUUCUUCCAGAAGCUUAGGUUCUAAGUAAUUUUAAAAAAUAAAACAUUACAUUUGUAAUGA